UUAUAUAGUAACUUUUUAUUUUAUUAGUUGCACUAGUGAUUAAAGUUUUUAGUAACUCUUCUUAUAUUCCUUUUCAAUUAGAAUUCUAAACUAAAUAUUUUCUUGUAGAUAUUAUGUUAACUAUUUUAUAUUUUAGUCAUUCGCCCGUUUAUAAUGUACAUCACAGUUUCUUAUAAUUACCUGAAUUUAUAAAUUAAAAAUAACUUUAUUAAUAUUUAUGAGUGAAUUAUUUUAUAAUUAUGGAUGUUAUGUUUGAUGGCAAUGCGAAUUUGCAUUGCAAACCUAAUGCUUUAGUUGGUAAUUUUGGAUGGUUUUUACAAGCCCUUUUAGCCACUUUGGCGUUUUUAUGUUUGAUAAUUAAACGAUUUUGUGAACCUAAGUAUGACCGUAGACCAUGGAAAGUAUGGUUCUUUGAUACUUCAAAACAAGGUUUAGGAGCUUUACUCAUGCAUUCUGCAAAUUUAUUAUUAGCUGGACAAUUCCAAGAUGAUCCUUGUACUUGGUAUAUGAUACACUUUUUACUAGAUUCAUCACUUGGAUUACUUUUAAUAUUUUGUGGAAUAAGAUUUUCUCAGCAUAUUGCACGAGUGAAAAAUUGGGAAUCGUUUAAUUUUGGGGAAUAUGGAAAACCAGAAUCUAUUAGAAUCUGGCUUGUUCAAUGUGGAUUAUAUCUAACACUUUUAUUAUGUGUUAAAAUAGUUAUUACUAUGCUAAUUUCACUAAAAAUUUGGCAAGUUAUUACAAAAUUUAUUAUGUAUCCAUUUACUGAUCCAAUUACUGAAUUAACUAUUGUUAUGUUAAUAAUACCUUUGUUUAUUAAUGCACUAAUGUUUUGGGUGACUGAUGAUAUACUGAUGCAUCGAAGUCGUCACCGCAUGGGACUUCUUAGGCGAAUGAAAAUUCAGUAUCACAAAGUACAUCAAAAUUCUCGCCUUGAUGAAGUUGCAGGGUCUGAUAAUGAAGAAUUGCUCAAUCUAGAUGAGACUACGAUGAUUUUGCGCUCUUGACCUAAAUUAAUUAAGUAGUAUAUAUAAACUAUUCAUUCAAAAAUGUUUAAAUACUCUGUAUUGUGUUAAAAAAUUACUCUAAUGCUAACCUUUUUAUUGAUUCUUCUAUUAAGUGCUAUAGAUACCUAUUAUGUAUCAAUUGAUCUCUUCUAUAACAGU